AACUACCUCCAGACAAGCCAACAAUAAAGGCGGAAAAGGGAUGGUAUGCAUCGGGCGAUUCGCUUCGCGCACAAUGCUCAUCCCCGCCUGCCGAUCCUCCGGCAAAUCUCACGUGGCUUCUAAAUGGACGAGAUAUCCAGGGAAAGCCAGUAAUCCAGCAGCGCAUCCUGCCCAGCCCCGCCGUGUCCAUAGACUCGCCGUACCGGAGCUCUCCGCCCGGCGACGAGAACAACAACAUCAUAUUCAGCCCGUGGAAGGCUUUCGGCCCUUUUGUGGACACUGUGCAGGAAGGUGAAUUGCUCCCAAGCCAGGACACAGUGGUGUUGCCGACACCGAGACAGCCUGAUCUGUCCCUAGACGAAGACGCCACAGACCCGAUACCCACGAGAGUCACGUCCAACAAGGUGGCAUCAGUAAGCCAGCUGUCCUUCAUGGUGCGUCCAGACAGCUUCGAGCGCGGCCAGCUACGUCUGACGUGCAUCUCGUCUGUGCACUCAGUGUACAGCGAGCGAGCAGAACUGGUGAUCAAUGAAGAGCGACCGCAGAUCGCGUCCGUGCUGGGCACUAGAGACCGAGCAGGUGCGGUCGGUUCAUCGUUGGCGCUUACGCUGUUUUGUACAUCGCUUUCUGUUUACGAGAUAAUAAUCAGAGUCCUCCGAUGAUGUCAGGCCCCGGGCGGCUGGACCUUCGCAGUUUGUACAUAAAAGAAUUUAAAUAAGAACUACCAUUAUAAGAAUCGGUUGUAUUAUAACUACUCUGCUACCUUAUGUUUAGGGAUUAUUUAACAUAGACAUCGGACUUUUGAGGCAUAAUUAAAUGAAAGGAAUCUAGAGAGUUCCUAUAUCGAUGAAUUCUUUACCGAUGCUUUUCCUAUGUAGGUACUAGAGAUUACUCUAAUUUUUUCUUGAAAAAAUAAAAUUAUAUUAAAAGGUUGACAAAUGAUAUAACAAUAACUUAAUUUUCUUCUUCAUUCAAAGCCGAUUUUUUAAACUUCACUCAACAUUUCGUUUUUCUUCAAGUGUCUUUGGAAUAACUAUCCAAGCAGUACAAUGAUACUAAUACUUUAUCCGGUACACUAUUGAAUUAUAUAAAGAGAUAAUAAUAAAGUUAUAUGGGAUUAGCAUCGAUAAUUGAGUUUAUCGAUAUAGGAAUUCCCUACCUGUCUUUUAAUUUUUCCGCCAAAUAACCGAUGUCUGAACAUAGCAUAGCAUAUAGCCACGUGAUCUUCCUUUGUCCUUUAUAUUAUGAACCAGUUAUUAUUGGUCUCGCCUCGUAGAAAGCGGCCGAGUAUAGAGUAGACUUGAGAGUAUUAAGUUUAAAUUUAGAAUUCUCAUCUUCAUAGUUUUAUACUUGUGUGUAAAAUUCUGCUGCCGUUUUCUAAAUUACGAUACCCAUUCACUGGUUAAUGAUUAAGAGGUUCUCAUGUGUUUUCCAUAGAAUGUAUUAUAUUUCGAUAAGUCUGAAAAUAGUUCUUGUGUUGACCAUUCCUUAAAUGCCACUGUUUUGAUGAACAAAUGAGAAUAAAUAUUUCGAGUAGAUACCUAAUUUACUAGAAACAAAAUAAGUUGUAUUACUUUUGUCAAUGUAAAACUGGACACAGAACAGCAGCGUCUUCGCUUAACAUCAUUUUUUAUGAUAUGAUAUGCCUCCAUAUUUGUGUGAAAACUGGACAGUCUAAGGAAUUUAGAUAUGGUUAACGAUUUGUAUAAUUGAAAUGAAAUAUAAUAAUUUUUGGUUACAAUUUUAACAACCCUUGCUUUCGGCCUCAAACAAAUGUAUACAUUAUUGUAUUAGAAAAUUAAAAAUGUGCAUCGACUUUAUGUAAAAUUCAUUUACAUUUAGAUUUACAGUCAAAUUGAAAUAUCCUUAUUUUCAAUUUUCUUUCUGACCGAGCAACUAUACACUGGGAUAUUUUCAUAUUUCAUAUUAAGUUCUAAAAAUUUCUAGCGCUUAAAUUGAGUAAAUGUAUGUUCAGAUACACUUAAUCGUCUACCUAGUCAUAUUUUUAUUAGUUUAGACGUUUUGAAUGUGACAUUACGCUGUUCCUCACUGGCCGGCUCGGACUGUGGCGUACGCGCAAGAAGUAUUAAAAAACCGUUUUGCUUUAAAUAAUAAAUUUAUAAAGAACGUUGUUAUAGCAACGGCAUGGCGGUUGGCGUGGUGCCAAUAUUGAUACCGAAGCAAGCAAUAGAUUCCAAAAUUAAUAUCUUGAGCGUUGCGGGGGUUUCAAGGCACGAGGGUUAAAAAACUUAGCUACUACUGAGGGAAACACAAAAAUUUUCACCACACGCGAGAAAAAUACUAGCUGUAAAACAUUACUAAAUCAAAUCGAAAUGAACGCUAUUAUAGUUAUUUGUUUUACAAGGGGGCAAAGUUGUUGUUUAAC